AUGCCAUCCUCUGUUUCCAUUUCCCUUGUUAUAUUUGUUUGGAUUACUACUAUCAUAAUCAUAAACCAUGCGAGUACUACUGUUGCAAAACCUCAAUCAUCGUCACUAGCCCAGGAAUCAAAGGCUCUGAACCAGACUCAGAGGUGGCAUGAAAAAAUAACCUCAAGUCCUUGCAAGUGGGACGGUAUCGUUUGCAAUCAUGGUGGAAGCGUGAUAGAGAUCAACAUAAACAAAAGAGAAUACUAUGGGCCAUUAAGCGAUUUCAACUUCUCUUCAUUCCCAAAUUUGGUCCGAUUCAAGCUAGUAGGAGUGUGGCUAUAUGGGGACAUCCCACCAGAGAUUGGUAGUGUUUCUAAACUCACUCACCUUAACUUAUCUCGGAAUUCUCUUUCAGGUGAACUACCUCUCUCACUCGCAAAACUCACUCAAUUAGAGAAGCUUGAUAUUUCUUUCAAUGAAAUGAGCGGUCCAAUUCCCUUAGAAUUGGGAAACCUGAGAAGUCUUGUUGAAUUAUACCUGGGUGGAAAUUACUUCAAUGGUACGAUCCCUUCAACUCUUGGUCUUUUGACUUGUCUCACUCAUCUUGAUUUACAUUCAAAUCAAAUCAACGGUACUAUCCCUUUUGAAAUAUAUAAUCUGAAGAAUUUGAAGGCUCUGCAUUUUGAUGAUAACAGUCUUUUUGGUCCUAUUUCUUCAAAAAUAGGAAACCUGAAAAAUGUGGUUUCUCUAAACUUUUCUCAUAACUUGCUCAUUGGUCCACUUCCUCAUACUCUGGGUUGUUUGACAAACUUGACCCUUCUCUCUCUUGAUUCCAACCAAAUCAAUGGCUCCAUUCCCCUAGAAAUAGGAAACAUGAGAAAGUUGAGGCACUUGUAUCUCCAUAAUAAUCACCUUACCGGUAAAAUACCUUCAACUCUGGGGAAUUUGACUUGUCUCACUCAUCUUGAUUUACAUUCAAAUCAAAUCAGCGGCACUAUCCCUUCUGAAAUAUAUAAUCUAAAGAAUUUGAUGGCUUUGCAUUUUGAUGAAAACAAUCUUUCUGGUCCUAUUUCUUCAAAAAUUGGAAACCUGAAAAAUGUGGUUUCUCUAAGCCUUUCUCGGAACUUGCUCAUUGGCUCCAUUCCACUAGAAAUAGGAAACAUGAGAAAGUUGAGGCACUUGAAUCUCCAUAAUAAUUGCCUUACUGGUAAAAUUCCUUCAACUCUUGGUCUUUUGACUUGUCUCACUCAUCUUGAUUUACAUUCAAAUCAAAUCAACGGUACUAUCCCUUCUGAAGUAUAUAAUCUGACGAAUUUGAUGGCUCUGCAUUUUGAUAAUAACAAUCUUUUUGGUCCUAUUUCUUCAAAAAUUGGAAACCUGAAAAAUGUGGUUUCUCUAAACCUUUCUCAUAACUUGCUCAUUGGUCCACUUCCUCAUACUUUGGGUUGUUUGACAAACUUGACCCUUCUCUCUCUUGGUUCCAACCAAAUCAAUGGCUCCAUUCCCCUAGAAAUAGGAAACAUGAGAAAGUUGAGGCACUUGGAUCUCCAUAAUAAUAGCCUUACUGGUUUAAUACCUUCAACUCUGGGGAACUUGACCAAAUUGGAUUUUUUAAAUCUUAGUGUCAACAAUCUUGUUGGUAAAAUUCCUCCAUAUGUGGGUCAUUUAACCAAUUUAAGAUAUUUGGAUAUUCAUUCAAAUCAAAUAAAUGGUUCCAUAAAUCCAACAAUGGGAGAUUUGCAAUUUAUGCAAAAGUUGGAUCUAUCAAAUAACUACAUAUCUGGAAUCAUUCCACAUGAGUUAACUCAAUUAAUCCGAUUGGAAUAUCUUAAUCUUUCCUUGAACAAACUUUCUGGUGAGAUAGUUUCUGAUAUUUAUAAUCUCAUUAAUCUUUCUGUUCUAGACCUCUCCCACAACAAUCUGAGCGGAUCCAUUCCUCCUGAAGUUAUAUACUUAUAUAACCUGACUAUUGUUGACCUUAGUCAUAACUUGUUUAGUGGAAACAUACCUCUUGAUGAACUUGCGCACUUCAAAAACUUACGACACCUGGAUCUCAGCUCUAAUACUCUUACUGGGCACAUUCCUAGCACACUUGCUUUCCAAUGCCAAAUCAAUUUGUCUUACAACUGCUUUGAAGGUCCAAUCCCACAUGGUUUUUGGAGAAAUAAUACACUCAAGUCAGUUAUGGGCAACAAGAAUUUAUGCAAUGACCACAUCUCAGGAAUAUCUCAUUUCUCCACAAGGAUUAAGAAAUUCUCAAAAUUGAUUAAGAUCAUUAUUCUUGCCCCGGUUAUCCUCAGCUUCUUAUUACUUGGAGUUGGAAUUGUGUUCCUCUCUCGCCGAAAGGUAAUUAGGAAUGAUCAAAAUGAGUGUAAAGCAACGAGGAAUGGAAAUUUAUUCUCAAUAUGGAAUUAUGAUGGAAAUAUUGCAUUCGAAGACAUCAUUACAGCAACAGAGGACUUUGAUAUCAGAUAUUGCAUUGGAACUGGUGGUUACGGCAGUGUUUACAAAGCAACACUACCAAGUGGAAAAGUGAUUGCCCUUAAAAAACUUCAUCGUUUAGAAUCUCAGGAGCCGGCUUUUGACAAGAGUUUUAGGAAUGAAGCCAAAGUCUUGUCUGAAGUUCGUCAUCGAAAUAUCGUGAAGCUUUAUGGGUUUUGUCUACACAACCGAUGCAUGUUUUUGGUUUAUGAAUACAUUGAAAGAGGAAGCUUAUUUUAUGCCAUAAGCAAUGAUGUUGAAGCUAAGGAAUUGAAUUGGAAGAAGCGGGUGAAUAUCAUUAAAGGAAUAGCAAAUGCUUUAUCAUACUUGCAUCAUGAUUGCAUUCCAACAAUUGUCCAUCGAGACUUGACCACAAGCAACAUUUUAUUGAACUCAGAAUUUGAGGCUAUUGUUGCAGAUUUUGGCAUUGCUAGACCCCUAAAUCCUGAUUCCUCCAAAUUUACCACACUUGCUGGCACCUGCGGAUAUAUUGCACCAGAACUUGCCUACACCAUGGUUGUGAACGAAAAAUGUGAUGUCUAUAGCUUUGGUGUAGUGGUGCUUGAAAUAAUAAUGGGAAGGCAUCCGGGAGAGCUUAUAUCCUCAUUAGCAUCGUCAUCUGCUCGUCAUAUCAUGCUGAAAGAUGUCUUAGAUCCACGCCUUUCACCUCAUAUUAACCAAACAAUUGCUCAAAAUGUGGUUUUAGUUGUGACACUAGCAUUGGCUUGCCUACGUUCCUAUCCUAAAUCUCGCCCUACAAUGAAACAUGUCUCACAAGAAAUCCUUGUUCGGAAGCCACCACUCCUCAAGCCGUUUUAUGAAAUUUCAAUGUGGGAGUUGAUGAAUCAAGAAAUAUAUUUGGUAGACAAAAAUUAGAAAAAGUUUAGAUAAGGUCUUUGGUGACCCAUCUUCAGUAGGUGCAGUAGACAAAGCCAUCCAUACCGGGAAGACAACACUAGCACUGACCAAUUACCUAAAAAGGGUGGACUAAUGAAUAAUGAUUUUGUUGUAUAUUUCUAUAUUUAUACCUCAUACCAUUGUUGUCCUUUCUACACCACCAGGAUGCUGAUAAGUUGUAUUUUCCCAGGAUUGCAAAUGUGUGACUUUUUAUUUCCACAAUAA